AUGUCCCUCGGAGUCAAAAAGAAGCUGUCCAUCGUGACCUGCAUGGACAGCCGUCUGAUGCUCUCCAAAAUGCUGGGGCUGGACAUCGGGGACGCUGAGGUCAUCCGCAAUGCAGGCGGCCGCGUGACGCCAGACGUGAUACGGUCGCUGUACGUGGCUCAGGAGGUCCCCGAGCUCGCGACGCGCGAGGUGGUGAUAAUCCACCACACAGACUGCGGCGCGCAGGCCGCGGAGCGCCACGUGGACCUGCUGGUGGCAAGGGCCCAGCAGCUGCUCGGCCUCCUGGGGCCCUUACUGGGCCUCAUGCAGGCCGCGGCGCGGACGCUCGUGCCCGAGGCGGUGCGGCGCUUCGCGCUGCGCACGGUGGCGCGCACGUUUGGCGACCCCGUGGAGGCGGUGCGGUGGGACGUGGCGGUGCUCAGGGCCGCGCCCCUCAUGCGGCGCGACAUCCCCAUUCACGGCCUGCUGUAUGACGUGAAGACCGGCCAGCUGUUUCACGUGCUGACGUCACCGCCCAACACCGACCCGCUGCGGCCUUGGCAGCAUAAGUGA